AAGGAUGGGAACAUCAUGUUGGGGGGCAUAUUUUCUUUCCACAGCAGCUGGAAAGACAGACAGGAUACCUACCAUCAGAAACCACUGCCACUGCAAUGCACCAGUCUGAAUUUCAGAGAGUUCCAGUUUGCCCAGGCUAUGCUCUUUGCCAUUGAGGAGAUCAAUAACAGCACAGACCUACUGCCUGGAAUCUCUCUGGGCUACGAGAUGUAUGAUACAUGUGGCUCCAUUGCCAGAAGUGUAAGGGUUGCAUUGUCAUUGGCUAAUGGUAAUGCAGUAGCAUCGGCCACUUCCCAGGCACCAUGUAUCAGACUUUCCAAUGUGCAGGCCAUUAUGGGAGAAACAUCAUCUUCACCUUGCAUGGCUAUAGCUACUGUCAUCGGACCCUUUCACAUCCCAAUGAUCAGCCAUUUUGCUACUUGUGCUUGUCUCAGUGAUAAAACCAAGUACCCAUCCUUCCUCAGAACCAUACCCAGUGACUACUACCAGAGCAGGGCCCUGGCCCAGUUGGUCAAGCAUUUUGGUUGGACUUGGGUUGGAGCUAUUAGAACAAAUGAUGAUUAUGGCAAUAAUGGCAUGGCCACAUUUAUAGAAGCCGCACGGCGGCUGGGGAUCUGUCUGGAGUACUCUGUGUCUUUCUUUAGAACAUAUCCACCAGAUAAAAUACAAAAGAUAAUUGACACUAUCAAGACUUCUACUUCCAAGGUUAUUGUGGCUUUCCUCUCCCACAUGGAUAUGGAUGUGUUAUUACAUGAGUUGACUCAUAACAACUUAACUGGGUACCAGUGGGUAGGCAGUGAGAGCUGGAUAUUUGAUUCACAAAUUGCGGCAAUGGAUAGGCAUCACAUUUUGGAUGGUGCCAUAGGCCUGUCGAUCCCCAAAGCACAUGUCAGUGGCAUUAGAGAGUUCAUGUUGGAUGUAAAGCCGCUCAAUUCAUCUAGUAAUGAAAUGUUUACAGAGUUUUGGGAAGCAUUAUUUAGCUGUAAGUUCAGGCAGUCACAGCCAUCAUCAGGACAUCUGAGACAAUGUACUGGACAUGAAAAUCUGACUGGAGUACAAAACAGCUUUACUGAUAUGUCACUGAUGCCAAUCUUUAACAAUGUAUACAAAGGAGUGUAUGCUGUGGCUCACACACUUCAUAGUAUUCUCAACUGUAAAGAAACCUGUAACAACACAGUGCCGCUUGAUCCAUAUAAGAUUUUACAGCUUCUAAAAAAGAUUCAGUUCAAAACAAAGGACGGAGAUGAGGUUUACUUUAAUGAGGAUGGAGACCCAGCAGCAAAGUAUGAAAUCAUAAACUGGCAACCUACAGAAAAGGGCCUUGUGGACUUCAUCAUAGUUGGUCUUCAUGAUUCAACUUUACAUGCAGGCAAACAGAUGAAUCUGCUAAAUAUAUCUUUGAUAUGGGCCCAAAACUCAAAAGAGGUGCCUUUGUCAGUUUGCAGUGAGAAGUGUCCUCCAGGAACUCGCAAGGUCCUCCAGAAAGGAAAGCCAGUCUGUUGCUAUGAGUGUUUAAGAUGUGCAGAGGGAGAAAUAAGCAACAUUACAGAUUCUAUCACCUGUGUGCGAUGCCACCCUGAAUAUUGGUCAAAUGAGAGAAGAGAUGCCUGUGUGAAGAAGAAUGCAGAGUUUCUAUCAUACAAGGAGAUUAUGGGAGCACUGCUCACUGCAGCGUCGCUAUUUGGAACAUGCAUCACUAAUGUUGUGGCACUCAUUUUCUUCUUAUAUAGAAAAACUCCUAUUGUCAGGGCCAACAACUCUGAGCUCAGCUUCCUGCUGCUCUUCUCCUUGACUCUGUGUUUCCUGUGUUCUCUGACCUUCAUAGGCCGGCCCACUGAGUGGUCCUGCAUGCUGCGACACACAGCAUUCGGCAUCACCUUUGUCCUCUGUAUCUCUUGUGUUCUGGGGAAAACUAUAAUGGUGUUAAUGGCCUUCAGGGCCACACUUCCCAGUAGCAAUGUGAUGAAAUGGUUUGGACCUGCACAGCAGAGACUCAGUGUUCUGUGUUUCACUCUCAUACAGGUUAUCAUAUGUAUCCUAUGGUUAACAAUUUCUCCUCCUUUUCCAUUUAAGAAUUUUAAGCAAUUCAAGGACAAAAUCAUCUUAGAGUGUGCUUUGGGUUCAGCUGUAGGCUUCUGGGCUGUACUUGGAUACAUUGGACUUCUGGCCAUGUUUUGUUUUAUUCUUGCUUUUCUGGCCCGGAAACUGCCCGAUAAUUUUAAUGAAGCUAAAUUCAUCACCUUUAGCAUGCUGAUAUUUUGUGCAGUAUGGAUCACUUUCAUCCCAGCUUAUAUCAGCUCUCCUGGGAAGUUCAGUGUUGCUGUAGAAAUAUUUGCUAUUCUGGCCUCUAGUUUUGGACUGCUAUUUUGCAUUUUUAUUCCAAAAUGUUAUAUUAUCCUCUUGAAACCUGAGAAGAAUACAAAAAAGAAUAUGAUGGGAAAGGAAGGAGCUGCAAAAUAA